UUUGGGAGGCAAAUUGAAAUAAACACAUACGCACUUAUUAUCCAAUGAAAAAUAAGGGAUGCAAAAUAAAUCAUAUAUAAAGGGAAACAAGUGAUGCUGUGUAAUUGUGUUAGAUAGUAUCUGUCUUUUUACUUUGCUGGUCAAAUUCUUUCAAUCCUUUGCCUUUUAAUUUUGAAGUUUGAAAGAAAGAAGACAAAUAAAAUAAGAUUGGUAGGAGCAUGGCAGAAGUUUCGACGAAGCUGGGGAACAAGAAGAGUUAAGACAAAUUAGUUAUUUGAUUUGAUUGUAGCAAGAAAAGAAAAGAAUAAGAACCAUCUCAUUCCCUCCUUAAACCCAAAACCCCUCCAAAAGGGAACUGAACUCUAUUCUAUUCCUUUCAACUAACUCCAAGUAAAGAACCAAUUCAUUCAUGCACGUAUCAGAGUCCUUCAAGAAUCAAGUCAAGUCAACCCCCCACCACUCUUGUGAAUUCUCUCAUCAUAGCUUUCUCCAGAGAACAUUGAAAGAAAGAAGGAUAUGAAGAUGAAGCUGGGAUGGUUGGUUGUGACAGUUAUGGUUUUGAACCUGUCAAGUCCUUGCUCAGCAUGGUUUGGUUUUGGCAACAAACAAAAGACUUCAAAGAACUCUAUUCUGCCAGCUCAGCCCUCCAUCAUCAACCGUGCUGCCCAUGGUUCCUCCAUUAUCAUCCCACUUUACGGCAAUGUUUAUCCUGUUGGGUUCUAUAAUGUUACUCUCAGCAUUGGGCAGCCACCAAGGUCCUAUUUUCUGGAUGUUGACACCGGUAGUGACCUCACAUGGCUUCAAUGCGAUGCCCCUUGUUCCCAUUGCUCUGAGACUCCCCAUCCACUGUACAAGCCCAGCAAUGAUUUUGUGCCGUGUAAAGAUCCCCUAUGCGCGUCGUUGCAGCCGAGUGAUGACUACGAAUGUGAAAGCCCUGAUCAGUGUGACUAUCAGAUUGAUUAUGCGGAUCAGUACUCAACACUUGGUGCACUUGUCAAUGAUGUCUAUCUUCUCAACUUCACCAAUGAUGUCCAACUUAAAGUUCGGAUGGCACUUGGAUGUGGAUAUGAUCAGACUUUUUCGCCUUCUUACCACCCGUUAGACGGAAUACUUGGGAUUGGCAGGGGAAAAACCAGCUUGGUGUCACAGCUGAAUGGUCAGGGCUUGGUGCAAAAUGUUGUUGGACACUGCUUAAGUUCCCAAGGAGGAGGAUAUGUUUUCUUCGGAAAUGUCUAUGGUUCUUUUCGAGUGAGCUGGACUCCAAUGUCAUCCACAGAUUCAAAACAUUACUCAGCAGGGCCAGCUGAACUUGCUUUUGGAGGAAAGAAGAGUCGUUCUGGAAGCCUAACUGUUCUUUUCGACACUGGCAGUUCUUACACUUACUUCAACUCCAAGGCUUACAAAGCUCUCAUUUCUUGGUUGAAGAAGGAAUUGCACAAAGUACCCAUAAGUGUAGCAGCUGAUGAUCAAACCUUACCAAUAUGCUGGCGUGGUAAAAAACCUUUCCAGAGCAUACGUGAAGUGAAGAGAUACUUUAAGCCGCUGGCGCUUACUUUUAGCAAUGCUGGAAAAGUUAAAACUCUGUUUGAGAUCCCUCUUGAAGGUUAUCUGAUACUAUCAAACAUGGGAAAUGUUUGCCUGGGAAUUCUGAAUGGCUCUGAAGUAGGGUUGGGAGAUCUCAACAUAAUUGGAGACAUAUCCAUGCAAGACAAAGUGAUGGUAUUCGACAAUGAGAAGCACUUAAUUGGUUGGGCACCUGCAGAUUGUACUCGUCUUCCAAGAUCAAGAGGUUUCGGUAUUUUAUCAUACUGAAAAAAGAAAAGAAAAAUUCCUAGGUGGAGGUUGUUGUGCCAUAUAUAGAGCAGGUUAAUUCAUGCUAUCUUCAUAAUGUGUAGUGUUUGUGAAUAUAGUCAUUGAUCAUCAUCAUGUAUUAGUAUAUUACAUUCUGAUCGAGUAAUGAAUGUAAUCGAUGGAAAUAUGUGAAUAUUUCGCAUCGCGUUUAUUUUUAGAGCUAUGCUACACAUAAAAGUCUUUUUGGCUUACAGUUUUACAAGUUGGGUCAAGUCUAACAAAAAUUACAUUCAUCCACUGGAGCAUGAUAACAUGCGCGUCACUCAACCGUUUCCAAAGCGCGCUCUCAUUCACCAUUAUGGAAGACGCUUCUUCUUCUU